UGAGAAGAACGAUUUGGUUAACACACAGGCGACAGUACAAUGUCGAUCUCUGAUCGCCUUCCCGAUUACCCGGUCAACUCAGAUUUCGUAAGGAAAUUAAAGUCAGCCCUGGAAGGCAGGGAUGAGGCGAGACUGAGGGACUUGAUCUGCGCUGACGUUCGGCACGUGGACGCCGUGAUAGAACUGGCCAACGACGACUGGAUGAAGGACCCCUCGGCCCCGCUGCCCCCCGGGGUGCUCGUAGGAGACCUGGAGCAUCUGAAGCCCCUGAUGGACAAGUUCUUCCAGGAUGCCAACGUGGUGUUUGAGAUCAAGAAAGAUGAGAUGGUGUGGCAGGUGAAAUCCCCGGCCACGUUUGGACUGUCAGGCCUCUGGACCCUGGAGUAUAGGCGCGAGCUCACCACGCCCCUGUGCAUCGCCGCGGCCCAGGGCCACACAGCCUGCGUGCGCCACCUGCUCGGCCGCGGCGCCGACCCCGACGCCAGCCCCGGCGGCCGCGGCGCCCUGCACGAGGCCUGCCUGGGGGGCCACACGGCCUGCGCCCGGCUGCUGCUGCAGCACCGCGCCGACCCCGACCUGCUCAGCGCCGAGGGCCUGGCGCCCCUGCACCUCUGCCGCACGGCCGCCUCGCUCGGGUGCGCGCAGGCGCUGCUGGAGCACGGUGCCUCAGUGCAGCUCGAGGGCGGCGCCGGCCGGGACACGCCCCUGCACGUGGCGGCGCAGCGCUGCCUGGACGAGCACGCGCGCCUCUACCUGCACCACGGGGCAAGCGUGGACGCGAGGAACGGCCGCGGCGAGACGGCCCUGAGCGCAGCGUGCGGUGCAGCCCGGCGGCCCGAUGAGCACGCGCGCUGCCUGCGCCUGUGCGCGCUGCUGCUAAGGCGCGGCGCGGCGGCAGACGCACGCGACGAGGACGAGCGCAGCCCGCUGCACAAGGCCUGCGGCCACGUGCGCCCCAGCCUGGCGCGCCUGCUGCUGCGGCACGGCGCCGACACGCACGCGCUGGACUACGGGGGCGCGUCGCCGCUGGCCCGCGUACUGCAGACUGCCGCCUGCGCGCCCGAGGCCGAGCCGCAGCUCACGGUGCAGGAGCUGCUCAACCACGGCUCCCCCACCGUGUGGCCCGACGCCUUCCCCAAGGUGCUGAAGAGCUGCGCCGCGGUCCCUGCGGUCAUCGAGGUUCUUUUCAACUCCUACCCUCAGCUCCGCGUCUCUGAGUCCUGGAAGGAGGUGAUCCCUGAAGAAGUGUUUCAGAUGCACCGGGCUUUCUACCGGUCCCUCUUCGCCUUGGCGCACACGCCCCGCUGCCUGCAGCAUCUCUGCCGCUGCGCCAUCCGGAAAUCGUUUGGCAGAAAGUGCUUUUCUCUCGUGCCUCUGUUGCCCUUGCCGGAGACCCUGCAAAAUUACCUGCUUCUGGAGCCAGAAGGGGUUCUGCGCUGAAACCCAGCAUGUGGCCCAGGACACAGUGCUCUUCUGACGGGCCUUGGAUGGGACCUCCCACCCACCCAGUGCACAGACCUCACCCUGCUUCAGGCUCACCUGGGCGCGGAGUUGGUAAUAAAAGCCCUUUCUCCCUC